AUGUCCUCCUCCAACACUCACUCUGACUCCAAACCUCAGCCUCAGGAAGCUAACAUGGCAUUGCGAACCCAUUCCCAUUCCCUCAACAACAACAACAACAACAACAACAACAAGUAUGGCCACGGCGUCUUUGGAGACGUCUACAGCAUCAUCAAAGACAUGGAGAUCGAUCAUCACAACUCUACCUUGGAUUUUCAAUUUCGCCUUCCUCCACUUACAAAUUUUCUGUCUAGAGAGGCUCGCGAGUUUAUCAGCGGUGCUCUUGCAGGGGCCAUGACAAAGGCUAUACUUGCUCCUCUUGAGACCAUCAGGACAAGAAUGGUUGUUGGUGUUGGGUCCAAAAAUAUUGCUGGUAGUUUCAUAGAGGUUAUAGAGCAGCAGGGAUGGCAAGGAUUGUGGGCUGGAAACAUGAUCAAUAUGCUUCGUAUAGUUCCGACACAGGCCAUUGAGCUAGCUACAUUUGAGUGCGUCAAACGGGCUAUGACAUCCCUCCACCACAAAUGGGAACACACUGAAUACCCCAAGUUGCACAUAGGUUGCAUCAAUUUCAACUUGCCCUUAUCUUGGAUUUCACCGGUCGCUGUCGCUGGUGCUGCAGCAGGAAUUGCUAGCACAAUUGUAUGCCAUCCCCUCGAAGUUUUGAAGGACCGGCUAACAGUAAGUCCUGAAAUCUACCCUUCUUUAGGUAUUGCGAUUAGAAAUAUUUACAAAGAUGGUGGUGUUGGCGCUUUUUAUGCCGGUAUUUCACCAACUUUAGUUGGGAUGCUUCCAUACAGUACAUGUUAUUAUUUCUUGUAUGAUACAAUGAAGGAUUCGUACUGCCAGACCAAAAAUAAGAAAUCUCUAAAUCGCCCAGAGAUGCUUUUGAUUGGAGCCCUAGCAGGUUUUACUGCCAGUACAAUUAGCUUCCCAUUGGAAGUGGCUAGGAAGCGGCUGAUGGUGGGCGCUUUGCAAGGUAAGUGCCCACCAAACAUGGCAGCGGCACUAACAGAAGUAAUUAGGGAAGAAGGUCUGAAGGGUCUCUACAGAGGAUGGGGUGCGAGCUGUUUAAAGGUCAUGCCAUCCUCUGGUAUCACCUGGAUGUUUUAUGAAGCAUGGAAAGACAUAUUGCUUGUCCAGAAUGGUAAUCCCUUUUAG